AUGCCACCAACUACGAGGAACCAGGCCCAAAGGCAGAGGGAGAGCGAGGACCAUGAUAUGGACGAUCCUCCGGCCACUCCCCCUUCUACGCCUUCGUCUACGCCUUCCGAUGAGAGCAACGAUGAUAACAGUGAGGAGAGAUACAGGGAGUACACGCCCGACAACAUGAGCGAUGACCGUGAGGCGUCACCAACACGGGCUCUGGUCAUCGAGAGGCUUUUGGAACCCGGAGUGCCGCCCAAGGAAAAACCCUGUGCGAUCUGCAAGGACGACUUCCCUGAGCCCACCGCUGACUGCCCUUAUCCUGCGGUACGCCUGCCAUGCAACCACUACUUCUGCAAAGAGUGCAUAACCCACUGGCUCAUGGACCCCUGGUUCGACACUUGUCCGUGCUGCCGCCAUGUAGUGAUCAAGUACGAGCCUGGUACCGGUCUGCCUGAGAGCGAAGAUGGAGAAGACGAGAAUGAUCCCCAGCAGGAGAACACGGCUCCACCGGCACAGAACACGGCUCUGGCACUGCCCCCGGAUGGCCCGGAACGCAUCGCAGCCCUGGAGCGGGAGCUCUUCAUCCGCAACGAAGAGAUCCGCCUCUAUAACAACGCCAUCCGCCAAGCUCAGCAGGCUCCCGCAAGCCGCGCCCCCCUCCGCGACAUCACCGAUGCCCGCGAGUUCCGCGAGCGCCCCAACAACAACAACGAGGAGAACCGCCUGCUGCCAGUACAGCGCAUGCCACUCGGAGAGCUGACCAACGGCAGUCCAACCCGCAACAGCCCCUUCCAGGACGCUCCCCGCGAUGCCCAGCGCCACCAAGCCAUCCGCGAUGCUGAGCGUGCCCGCGCCAACCGUGCCAACCGCGUCAACCGCGUUGCCCUCUUCCAGGAGCACCGCAACGGCGGCGGUCCGAUCCGCGGACGCCACCCGCUCCAGGACGUCACCAACGCGAGUUCUCCGAUCCAGCGCAGCAGCCCAGCCUUCCCAGGCUUCGACGACAUCCAGCCGCAACAGCGCGGCCGCACGCCUGUCCAAGCCAUCAGGCCCAUCAGGCCCAGCACGCCCACUCACUCGCGCCUCAACCGCAGCCGUAGCCCGAGCCGCGACCUGACCGACCCGCGCUCCUACCGCUCCCGCCGUGCCCCGAUCCAACUGCCCCAACUGCGUCUCCCGCCGAGACAGUUGCGCUCGCUCACGCCCAGCGACAAUGGCCGUGGCGACAACGGCAGCCGCAGGUCCUCCAACAGGUCGGCAGCGUCGUCGUCCGUCUACACGCUCGCGCCCUCGGAGCCCCUGUCCACCGGCGAGACUGUGUUCACGCUGGCCCCCGAGUUCCCCCAAGUCCCCCAGGCUGUCCCGCCGGGCGACGCUGGCGCGAACGACGACGUCAACGACACCAUGAUCCGCAGCGACGCGCGCCCGAGCUACUUCGACGCCCUGAUCCCCGACCGCUUCGCGAGGAGGAGGAGGGGCGAGCUGCCCAACCCGGACCCCGAGUUGGACAGCGACUCCGAGUCCGACUCUGACGACGACUCCGACGCCGAGACCGCCGGCCGCCGCACACCUCGCGCCCAGCCAGCCGGCUCCAACGUACGCCGCCUACUCUGGUCGCGCAGCUCCGUCUCGCCGACCCCGUCCAACCCUCGCUCCCCUCGCCCCAACCCCUCCCUCGCGCCGGGCGGCAACCUCAACGCAACCUGGACCCCCCUCCAAGGCCAAACCCUGACCGCACGCAUCUCCGUCGCGCGCAUCCGCGACCAGCGCCAACUCCUCCUCAACGCCAUCCGCUUCGGCGGGCGGGGACAAGCCGAAGAGGCUUUCCGCGCGAUGGUGCGGGUGGCGGAGCAGCACGACGAAAACACCGUCAUCGCCGUCGCGCCGCUGUUCCGCGCGCUCGAGCAGGCGGGCCGCGACGAGUUGGUUGCGCUGGCGCGGGGCCAGGAGAGCGGGGUGGCGAGUAGGAUGAACAGUCCGCUAAGGCGCAGGAGGAUUUAUGGCGGGGGUGAUGGGCAGCAGGGGCAGGGGCAGCAGGUGCUCAGGCCGGAGAUUGUGGAUGCGGUGAGGAGGUUGGCGAGGAGGGUGGUUAAUUUGCUGAGGGGUUGA